UAUUACAAAUUUCAAUGAACUCAUAUAUUACAUUUUAGUUAGAAUUUGGUUAAAAAUUCCAUUUAUUACUCUUUCGGCACAACAAAAUCUUUUUAUAUUAAAAAUGUUUGAGGAAUUGAUAGACUUGAAAACUUUUAUCAUCUGUCUGUUGAUUUUAUGUAUUCCGGCCUUUGGUUAUUUCUACGGCAUUUAUGAUCACUGGACCAAGCGAAAGGAACUAGUUAGUCCUUUAAUCCCUACGCCCUUUCAGCUGCCAGAACUGAAGGAUAUCAGGCUAACAGUAAAUGAGUUGCUGGAUUAUGAUGGAACUCGAAGUGAUGGCAGGAUAUUGGUGGCUCUCAAAGGUCUAAUUUACGAUGUAUCCAGCGAUGUUUUAGAGUUCGGUGUGGGUGGAACUCUAAGCCAUGUGGCUGGCAAUGAUUUUACCCAAUAUCUAAGGCGGAUUAUGAACGUUCAUCAUACGGAAAUCAACUAUGUGGAACGUUGGGGGGAAAUCCUAGAGACGAACUACAAGCGAGUUGGUUUCUUAAUCGAUGAAAGUGGAAAUUCCCUGGUCCAGCAACACCCUGAAAAAUCCUAUGAUAGCGGCAAACCUUUAGAGGGAAACGAUUUAAUUAAUCAGAAAACAUCAAAAGAUAAUAAUUUGGAGAAAUUGCUUGGUUCAGCAAUCGAUAAGAAUGAAAUACCAAUUCAGGAGAAUUGAUUGUCUCAAAAUAAUAUAUAAAACAUCUAAUUGUUUAUAAAACAAAAUUAUGAUCAAGUAAAGAUUGAAAUUUGCAGUUAAUAAAUUGUGGCACUUUUAU